GACAGUAGUGAGGCAGCAGAUGGAGCUGGCCUCUGGGAUGAAGAAGUCACCAAAUGGUGGGGAGAGUGGAGCUCCUGGUCCACCUGCUCCCGGUCCUGCGGAGGAGGUGUGAUGUCCCGGGAGAGGCACUGCUUGCAACAGAGACUACAGGUACCACAGGCAACAAACAGUACCAUAUGUGUUGGUCAAGCCAAGCAUUACCAACUGUGCCAGCAGCAGCCCUGCCCAGCCAACACAGCAAGCUUCAAACAGCAGCAGUGCUCCAGUUUCAAUGCCAAAGCCUUUGGGAAGCGUUACUACCACUGGAUGCCCCUCUAUCCAGAUGACUACACUAGUAUCUCCAAUAAGCCGUGUGACCUCCAGUGCACCACCCAGAGUGGAGAGAGGCAGCUGAUGGUCCAAGCACAGGAUGGUACCUCCUGCAAGGACAGGACCUAUCAAGGGGUCUGCAUCAAUGGGAAAUGUGAGCCAGUUGGGUGCGAUGGGAGCCUGUACUCACCCCGGACGAUGGACAGAUGCAGGGUGUGUGGAGGGGACGGCAGCACUUGCCACCGUGUCUCAGGCAGCUUCCGAAAGGCAAUCUCACAGAUAGGUUAUGUGUUCAUCACCAACAUUCCAGCUGGUGCCACAGACAUCCUUAUCAUUGAGCGCAGGAAAACAGAAAACAUCCUAGCACUUGCAGAUGAAUCUGGACAUUUCUUCUUCAACGGCAACUCUGCCAUUGACAACCCUCAGAACUUCAGGGUAGCUGGCACAGUCUUCAAGUACCGGAGGCCCUUGAGUCUGAACUCAGAUGGACUGGAGUAUAUCAUAGCUCAUGGACCCACUAACCAGUCUCUGAAUGCCAUGUACUACAACUUCAAUGGGAAAAUGCCACACAUAACUUACGACUACACUGUACCACGGAUACCACCUCUCCAAACUGCAGCCCCUGAUACAGACAGACCUCUCUACCACCACCUACCAGAGACCAGCCAGAACUAUCCCAUUCCAGCCAACUCUAGAGCUGCCCAGGACUUCAAUGCCACAUGGCUCACCCUGUCACCAGAUGAUACCAGCGAACAGCUUCCUCUAAGAGAACGGCACGAAGAUUUAGGCUUUGGUCACCCACACUUCUUCCAUACCAACUCCACCAGUCAAGCUCGAAACUGGGGCUGGGAACAAGGUGAAGAGAAGACCAAUGAGUUUGAUGUGAGCCCUGUGGGCCACGAUGACAUCAGCUUGGCUGACAUGUAUCGGUGGAAAGUCUCAGCUUAUGCCCCCUGCAGCUCCACAUGUACUUCAGGUAUCAGCACCUCUUAUGCAAUGUGUGUCCGGUACGAUGGAGUGGAAGUGGAUGAAACAUACUGUGAUGCUCUAACCCGACCAGAACCUACUCACGAAUUUUGCACAGGGAGAGAUUGCCAGCCUAGGUGGGAGACCAGCCGGUGGAGCGAGUGCUCCAGAACCUGUGGUGAGGGCUAUCAGUACCGCACUGUGCGCUGCUGGAAGAUGUUGGCUCCAGGCUUUGACAGCUCUGUUUAUGAUGACCUUUGUGAGUCAGCUGGGCUGGCCAGGCCCAUGGAGAGGAAAGCCUGCAAGAACAAGGCCUGUGGGCCCCAGUGGGAGCUCUCCGAGUGGUCUGAGUGUUCAGCCCGGUGUGGCACGCAGGGGAUGAUGAAGCGGGAGGUGCGCUGCUCAGUGGAAGCACCCCUCUGUGAUGAGACCCAGAAGCCCAGCAGCGAGAAGGCAUGCACAGGCCCGCCCUGCGACCGCCGCUGGACUGCCUCGGAUUGGGGCCCGUGCUCAGGAUCGUGUGGUGAGGGACGCAUGAGCCGCUUCAUCGCAUGCCGCAACCUGGAGGGCAAAGUGAUCUCCAACUCGCAGUGUGACCCAGUCACCAAGCCUCUGGCUGUCCAUCCGUGUGGAGACAAGAACUGUCCCGCACACUGGGUGGAGCAGGAGUGGGACCAGUGUGAUGUCAGCUGUGGGCGAGGGAUGAAGACCCGGGUUGUCUUGUGUGCGGGCCUGGAGAAUGGUGUGUACAGGGAGUACCCUGAGAGGCGCUGUGAAGCUUCUCAGAAACCUGAGGAACAAGCUGCCUGUUUCAGGAGGCCGUGUUCAACGUGGUUCACUACCUCCUGGUCUCAGUGCAGCAAGACGUGUGGUGCUGGUGUGCGACUGCGUGAGGUAAAGUGUUACCAGGGGGAAGCGCUGGCUCAGGGCUGUGACCCUACUUCCAAACCAGAAGCCAGGCAGAUUUGCCAACUCCAGCCAUGCCCCACAGAGGCACCAGAAGAGGACUGUGAAGACAAAGUGACAGCCAACUGUGUGCUGGUGCUGAAGGUGAAGCUGUGCUCUCACUGGUACUACAGGAAGGCUUGCUGCUGGUCAUGUCGGCUCAAGUCACCCUGA